AUGAUCUGGAAUUCAAGAGGUACAGGCUCGAAGACAUUUCCCAGCCUGAUUCAAGAAAUUAAAAAAUUUUAUCAUCUGGACUUCCUUGCUCUGGUAGAGACCCGGUCAGAUAAGCAAAAGACUGAACAAAGGAUUGGUAGACUUGGAUUUCAAGACUACACCUACAUCAACACUGAAGGCUACAGUGGAGGAAUUUGGUGCCUUUGGAAUGCUGGCAUACGGGAGGUAGUUGUUGUAGAGCGUCAUCGACAAUAUAUUCACUUAAAAAUUAAGAAUAGCAGACUUGAUGAAUGGUAUAUGACGGUUGUAUAUGCGAGCCCCCACGUGGUGACAAGACGUGCGCUUUGGAAUGAACUUCGGCGCCUUGAUAAUACUAUGCAAGCACCUUGGGUGCUUGGUGGGGACUUCAACGCAACACUAUUUGAGAUGGAAAGGUGCUCUAAUGCAAUUCAUAGUAUAUCGGUUGACCGUGACUUCUACAGGUGGUUUGAAGAAGUGAAUGUGCAAGACUUGGGUUAUGUGGGUCCUAAAUUCACGUGGAAGACAUCCCACUCUGAGGCGCUAUUGGAUCGUUUCUUUGCUAAUGAGACAUGGUGCCAGAAAUUUCCUCAUGCACAGGUGUCACAUCUCCCUUUUACAAAUCAGACCACCGACCCAUCCUUCUACAACUUGAGCAUCAUUUUGAAAAACCUCAGCGGCCUUUUCGCUUUAUAG